AUCAUGUGUGAUAACACCAGUGACAUCUGUCAGUCUUUCUAUCCAUCAGGGGACCAUGCAUCAACUACUGUACUUUCUGCUUCUUCUAGCUUCUUCUGUGCUGCUCUGCAACUCCGUCCCUACGGAGAGACAUGGCGGCUCAGACAUGAAAUGCCCUCUGACAGUUAAAAUCCUGGAUGCAGUGAAAGGGUCUCCAGCUGGAUCAGUGGCACUAAAGGUGUCUCAGAAGACUGCUGAUGGUGGAUGGACCCACAUUGCUAACGGAGUGACGGAUGCCACUGGGGAGAUCCACAAUCUGAUCACAGAGCAGCAGUUCCCAGCAGGAGUGUAUCGUGUUGAGUUUGAUACCAAGACUUACUGGAAGAAUGAGGGGAGUGUGCCAUUCCAUGAAGUAGCUGAAGUUGUGUUUGAGGCCCACGCUGAGGGUCAUCGUCACUAUACCCUGGCCUUGCUGCUCAGUCCAUUCUCCUACACCACCACAGCAGUGGUCACCAACGUACACUAGUGAUACACAUCCAACUGUGAACAGUAACUGAUUGGUGGGAGUAUUUGUCCAGGGAGUCGGAUACCUUGUGUUGUUUUUUCUCUUCUUGUCUACGAAUGUGCUCUAUGUAAGGGAGCGAGUUGCGAUCACAUAAUGGAAGCCUGACCGGGUGAGCAGGACCCCGAUGCAGAGCGUAGGGGUCUUGCCUCACCAUGAAGUGGUUUCUCCCACGAUAACAAUCCGCUCCCUAUUCAUUAUCCUGCUUAUUAAACGGCUACUUACGAUCAUUUGACACAAAAUAUGAAAUUGUAAAUUAUUUCACUGAUUAAUGUUUUUUUUUUUUUUUGCUGAAUAAAUUUGGCAUCUACAGUUAGAGCUGCAUUCAUAGAAGACAUUAACAAAACUAGCUUUUAUUACUCACAUGACAAUGAACCAGACUUGACACACCUUCAUCUCAUACCACGUUCUUUUACUUGUUACUUCAUGUGUGUUACGGCUGUAUGUCGUUCCCUGUGCUGUCCCCUUCGGUUGUCUCCAGCUCAGGUGAAGCUAGUGAUCGCACAACGAGGCACACCUGGCCUCACAGCUUAACAGACCAGUGCUGGAUUUAGGAGGAGGAUUUUGUAGUUGGGACUGCUGUGCCUCUCAGCCAAGGAUUGUGUGUUGCUGUGUUGUUUUUUCAUCUUCAGCUUUGUAGAUUUCUCUGUCAUAGCCUGCAGUUUUUGUGUCUUUGUUUUUUUUGAAGAUUUAUUUUGUUUGUUUUUAUGCCUUUAUUAGA